AGAUCGUUUCAUUAUGAUUCUCCCUAUUGGACCAACAAAGCAGAAUUUAACCGUCUCGGAGGUAAGACUGGGUUCGACUCCCGUGAAACCAAGCUACCGACUUAUUGGAACGCAUCGUUUUCUAAAAUCUGCCUUGGAAUGAAGGUAGACCAACAGUUAAGAUUCGUUGUGAUCAACAAGACUGCUAACUCUCUCUACUCACUAAUUGCUGACGGAAAGUACCGUGCAACCUCACUUGGUCGCGACACGUGGAAGUCGCUGAUUGGUUCCCAAGCUUCGUUGCAACCUCACUGCAACAAGGAAGGGUUUAAUCCAGAAAGCGGUCGCGGCAAAGCCUGGCCUAAAGCAAGGAUUGGUAUCCUUGGUAACCAGGAAAACGAAUGUCAAUCUUGUGACUCAAGGAUUGGUUUUGGCACAGGGAGCCCAGGAGGAAUACACGAUGACUCCAAUACAUGCGGGAACGAGGCUACACACAGUGCAGAUAAUGGGAACAAGCACAUCAAAGCCAUGGGGUACAUCCUGGUGCAGUAAAGCAUCUCUUAAUGUGAUUUAUGAAUUAUUCACUGUAACUCUUUGAUUUAGUUAUGAGGUAGUUGUAGAGGUUGAAA